CCUUAUUUCUUCUUCCCCCUCUUCUUCCCUUCUCCCCUCUGCUGCCACAGGAGAAGUUAUUAUGGAGGAAAUUGGGCAAGUUUUAGCUUCUCGGGAUUAUUGUCCUGGAUAAAAGAAAACCAAGAACAGGCUGAUCCGUGUGAGGAAAGUACGGCUUGGCAAGACCUAAUUCUUGAAAAUGAGGAAGCGGUUCCUCUUAACAAGGAAGAUCAAACCAUCCAGAAUGUAGAAUAUUUCUGCUACGUUAGGUGAGUACAAGAUGAUGUGUCCCUUAUUCUCCUUUAUUCCCGAGGAUUGCUGAUUGACCUCCUCAUCAAGUCAAACGUCAGCCGAUAUGCCGAGUUCAAAAACGUCACCCGUAUUCUUGCAUUGAGGGAUGGCAGAGUGGAACAGUCAGGGAUCUGGGAUGACAAUCUCAAAUUGAAAGAGGCUAUUUUUAAGAGCAGACCGAGGAUGUGUGCAGUAUUUGGUGGGAUCUAUUGCCUCCGGCACGCCAUAAAGUGUCUUGUGUUAGACAAAGAACUUAGAAGGUGUAAAGCUGUCAUCGAUCAUUUCGGUCAAAGAAUAAAUGCAAGUUAUUUUGUUGUGGAGGAUAGUUAUCUUUCAGAAAAGAUAUGCAAAAACGUAUCUUACAGCCCACCAGAGGAGGCUGUAAUCCGAAUUUUUUUUGACUGUGCCAAAAUGGUCCGAUUAACCUUUAAAAUUAAAGAUCAAGAAGAUACAGAAUAUUACAUGGUUUGGAAUAAAUUAUAUGAAUGGGUAGAAGCCAGAGAAGGGGAAGACGAAGGGGAAGGAACCAAACCUCAGGUUCUCUGGUCCGUGUAUUUCAACAUGAGGGAUUCCUCCAGCGUUGACAGGUCUUCGUAUGACGAUUUGCCCUCCAACUUGUUUGUGUGUUCUGGCCCAGACGGGGCACUAGGGAAUGACUGCGCCGUCAAACAGGCCGAAGCCAUUUUCCAAGAAAUGUUCCCCAGUGAAGAAUUCUGUCCCCCGCCUCCGAAUCCAGAAGAUAUCAUCUAUGAUGGAGAUGGGAUCCAGCCAGAAGAUCCUGGAUUCGGCCAUCCAUCCGAAGGCAAGACAGAGAAGGGGCCUGAGAAGAACCUGGAAGAAGGACCUCCUCCUGAGGAAUGAGGCCAGAAUCGAAGCCCCGUGGCUCCGGACUCUGAGCAGAGUUCCAACCCUUGUCGUGCAUCAUGUGUAACUCCAGGAAUUUGGGGCGGGACCUUGGCGGAGUUGGUCGAACAGACUGACUUGAGUUGGGAACAUGAAGGCCCUUCCAGUCAUUGGGUUAAAAAACAAAGUAUUACAUGCUUGACUCACUUCUCCUAGAAAUCCAUGCCAAUAUCUUGUAAAUAAGGUGUUUCCAGUCUUCAGUGCCAUUUGGGCCAGUUGGCCAAAGUCAACAGUAGCUCCAUAUGUCAUUUGUCUUCUUUUCAAAAGAAGGGCAAACUGAUUCCCGAGCGUUCCCUCCCACCCUCUCCCCCCACCCCCAAUCCCCUCUCGUUGGGAACAUACGUCUUCUGUUACGGCACUAAUUCUUCUUCCUGGAAAGGAACAUCUUUCAAUAUAAAACGGUUCCAUUUGGCUUGCUAUACAGAAUAAUAUCUGAAGUGGCUUAAAAACUCACUGUCUUAAAACUCG